AUGGGGCCCUGGGCGGAGAACGCGCCCCCUGCUGUUUCCCGCCGCGUCCGGGCUCCUAGAGACCGCUGCAUCGUGCGCCCCGGGUGGGAUGCGGGCCGGAGUACUUCCUGGCAGCCCGUGCAUCCACGCCCCGCCGCUCCCCGCUCGCCCUUCGAGCGGCGCAGAGCCGGGGCCGCGUGGACUGAGCCGGGAGCAGCCACCGCCUCGCGAAGCAACCCCGAGUCCGCGGCUCGGCGCACGGAGGGAGCGCUGGACGCCGACGAGCUGCUGCCGGCGCGCGAGAAAGUGGCUGAACCCCCGCCACCCCCGCCGCCGCACUUUUCAGAGACUUUCUCGAGUCUGCCGGCAGAGGGGAAGGUGUACAGCUCAGAUGAGGAGAAGUUGGAGGCCCCAGCAGGAGACCCAGCAGGAAGCGAGCAGGAGGAAGAGGGCUCAGGCGGUGACAGCGAGGACAGCUUCCUGGACAGUUCUGCAGGGGGCCCAGGGGCUCUUCUGGGACCUAAACCGAAGCUAAAGGGAAACCUGGGGACUGGCGCUGAGGAGGGGGCACCAGUGGCCACAGGGGUCACCACCCCUGGGGGGAAAAGCCGAAGGCGGCGUACAGCCUUCACCAGCGAGCAGCUUCUGGAGCUGGAGAAGGAGUUUCACUGCAAGAAAUACCUGAGCCUGACAGAACGCUCCCAGAUCGCCCACGCCCUCAAGCUCAGUGAGGUGCAGGUUAAGAUCUGGUUUCAGAACCGCCGGGCCAAGUGGAAGCGCAUCAAGGCUGGCAAUGUGAGCAGCCGUUCUGGGGAGCCCGUGAGAAACCCCAAGAUUGUGGUGCCCAUACCUGUGCAUGUCAACAGGUUUGCUGUGCGCAGCCAGCACCAACAGAUGGAGCAGGGAGCCCGGCCCUGACGGGGCUCCUGGGGUCCGGAAGGCAAAGGAUCUGCACCUGUCCUUGCCCAAGACUCACUGGGUGCUGCCCACUAGAGGGGCCUCGUGGACCCUGCUCCGGGAGAGGUCAGCUGUGCUCCCUGGAUUGCAGACAUGAGUGUUUGGCCUGGGACUGUUCUGGA